AUGCCGGUCAUCUUCGUGGCGUGGAUCGUCGGCAAUGCUUAUGCGCAUUUCGUUCUCCUGUAUCUCACUACUGACGAGUUCGUCUUUGGUGAACUACCCAAGUACCAGACUAUAGUCCGCGAUAUGGUAGCCUAUAUGCUCAUCGAAGAAGUGGGGCUCUACUAUCUGCACCGUCUGUUCCAUGAAUGGAAGGCUGGCUAUAGGGUGGUACAUAAGCUCCAUCAUACGUAA